UCGAGCAAUCGAGAAACGAGAUAUAUCGUAUGUUAUCUCUUUCUCGCGUUCGGCUUGGGACGGUUUAGCGUGUGAGAGAAGAUGUUCAACUUUAUGAAGAAGGCCGCGGAGAAGGACGACAAGGAGAAGCGGAAGCGCGAGAAGAAGGAGCGGAAGGAUGUCAAGAAGCGCGAUCGCAGCAGCAUGUCCGCGGAGGAACUCCUGCGAUUGGACGAGGUUCGUAGGUCACUGAAGAUUCCUGGUCGCCGGAAGGAGAAAGAAAAGUUACCGAGCGGCAUCACUGCGGAUUACAGCGCCUCGUUUUUCGCGCAUCUCGACCGCGACCUCCUGGACGCCACGCAGAACACGCCGGGCCCGGGGAUCAGCGCCGGCACCAGCUGGACCACCAGGACACCCGACGGCCUCACCCAGAGUGACUCAUCCGAGGCGUCCCUCACCUCGCUGACAACGACCACGACUACAUCGUCAACGACGACGUCGCACGUCGGCCAAUCCGGCAAGAACUUACCCCCGUUGCCGCCGAAACCGCCCAAGCGGGGGAUCCUCAAAGGGCCCCGUUUGAGCAUCAAUAACGCUGCCGUGAACGUACUCUCGGAGGAGAACGUACUGCCGAACGGCACCGAGACGAGUUACCAGGAAGCCAGUAAUCUGUUAGUGAGGAACACACUUCAGAACGAGGUGAUCGCUUAUCAGAACGUGCCGGCGCAUCUCAACAGCGUCCUGAGCAAGGACGAGGUCUGCAGUGAGGAGGAGACCGUCUGCCAGACCACGUGGCGUGUCACCGCGCAACAACAACAGUCCAUUCAGCAGCACUAUCAGCAGCAACAGCAACAGCAGCAACAUCAAAUCGACGCUAAACUGUUGCAGGUUGUCACCAGCGCCAGUCCGUCCGCGGAUUCUUUAACGGACACGACGAACUCCAGUUUCGCGACGCCGCCGUUCAGCCUGUCACCGGUCGGUGAGUCCCAGGGUUUCUCGCGGUGGCGAUCGUCGGUCUCCUUCGAGGAGCAAGGGAUCGAGCUGCAGCUCCCGGAGAUCGUGCCUCUCGAGCUGCCCGAGCCGAGGGAGCUGACGAUACAGAGGCAACCGCCGCCGCGGAAUGACUUCGGUUUCUCCCUGCGUCGCGCCGUGAUCGUCGAGCGAACGGCGAACGGCGUCACGCAGAUGAGGCCGGUGAUCUUCGCCGAGCCCGGCGCCUUGGUGCAGCACAACAACGACACGGGCCUCCUGCCCGGUGACAGACUGAUCGAGGUCAAUGGCAUCAACGUGGACGACAAAUCGCGGGAGGAGAUAAUCGAUCUCAUUAAGAGCUCCGCCAGCAGUGUCACAGUGAAGGUGCAACCGGUCGCCGAGCUGUCGGAAUUAUCGAGACGCGGCGGCUGCGACGGGCGUCAAGUCGAAUUGGCACCUGCGAACAUUCGUGGCGGCACGCUUCGCCGAUCCGGCAGUUUGCGGUUUCAUCAAAAUACAGCGCGAUCAGAAGAGCAUCUGGCGCAAGAGCAAGCAUGGCUGACUUCCGAGAAGGUCUGGUUACUGCAUCGCGGAGGCUUCACACCCGCCACGAGGUGCGGUUCCGCCGAUCCCGAUACCGGAAAAUUGAGGAUCCGAUUGACCACAUCUGGAGAGGAAUUGCUCGUAGACGAGGAAGAUGUCGAGAAGGCCAACCCACCACAGUUCGACAAGGCGGAGGAGCUCUCCCAGUUACGAUUCCUUAAUGAAUCGUCCGUUCUUCAUACGUUGCGGCAACGUUACGCCAGUAACUUAAUACAUACGUACGCGGGAGAUAGCAUGAUCGUUAUCAAUCCGGUUGCACCAUUGGCAAUUUAUUCGGAAAAGGUCGCGCACAUGUUCCGCGGUUGCAAAAGCGAAGACAUGCCGCCGCAUAUUUACGCCAUAGCGCAGUCGGCUUACAGAGGAAUGCUAGCAACACGCAGAGACCAUUCUCUUGUUUUCCUCGGACGUAGCGGAGCGGGGAAAACUACGAACUUCAAACACGCUCUUCAUUACCUCGUGCUAGCCGCGGGCACUGUCAACAAGAUCCUGACCAUCGAGAAACUAAACGCGCUCUUCACUGUCCUCGAGGCCUUUGGGAACAGCAGGACGCACAUGAAUUCGAAUGCGACGCGUUUCACGCAGCUCUUCAGCCUCGACUUCGACCAGUCGGGUCAAAUUGCGUCGGCGUCUUUACAAGUACUGCUCCUGGAGAAAUCGCGAAUAGGUCGAAGAGCGAACGCGGACCCGACCUUUCACGCCGUUUACCGUCUGUUGGCGGGCGCAGAGGGUGCUCUGCGAAAAGAGUUGCACCUCACGAAUCUAGUCGCUGAAAACAAUCCUUUCGUGACCCCCUUGCAGAAGCACGAGGAUAAGCAACGAGCUAUGGUCGAGUUCAAUCGUAUUGUCGCCGCGUUUAGGAUACUCGGCAUCUCCGAGGCCGACGAGAAAGUCAUUUGGCUGGUUUUGGCCGGCAUUUAUCACUUGAGCUGUGCCGGCGCCGUGAAAGCCGGCACCAGCUCUCAGAGCAGGUGGCAAUUCGCGAGGGUGGAAUGCGCGGAGAAAGCCGCUAACUUGCUAGGUACCACCGUCGAGGAACUGAGCAGAGUGGUGUUCUCCACUAACGGGGGCGGUGCCGGGACACCGAGCACUCCGAGACCGGCUUUGCGAACGCCCAGCCCGACCGAACAGGGCAAGGACGUCACGGGUCUCGAUGCCUUGGAGGGCCUUCUGGUCGGACUCUACUCGGAAGUCUUCCAUUGCGUUGCGGCUCUUAUCAACAAAUCCAUAUCAUCCGCUGUACAUACAGUCUCAUCUCUGUUGCUGUGUGACUCGCCAGGUUUUCAAAACCCUGCCUCGUGCGGUCGGCAAACAGGUGCAUCAUUCGAAGAUCUUUGUCACAAUUAUCUGCAGGAACGCCUGCAGUUACUGUUUCACCACACUACUUUAGUAGCCCCGAAGGAUAGAUAUGUCCAAGAAGGCAUCGACGUGGAUUACGAGGAUGAUUACGACGAAGAAGGUAUCGGAUCGCCUCAGGGUUUAGUGUCCCUUCUGGAUCGUGGAAGUUCGCAAAGUGCAACGAUGUUACGAACUAGUCAAAGCGACCUUAGCGGCGGUAGACAGAUGGAACGGAAAGGAUUACUCUGGCUGUUGGACGAGGAGACCGUGUGCCCCGGAGGCAGCGACGAAACUUUCUUGGACCGUCUGUUCUCUCAUUAUGGAGACCGAGAUCAUCAAAUGCUUCUGCGAAAGGCACCGGGCAACAAUCAAUUCGUCCUGCAACAUUUACUGGGCACGAAUCCGGUGCUUUACACCGCGACCGGUUGGCUGAAAGCCACGCGCGAGAAUCCAGUCGCCAAAAGUGCCAUUACGAUACUACAAGAAAGCACGAGAGAACAUGUGAGCAUGUUGUUCGUAAGUGCUCGGGGCGCUGGUGUUUCUGGUGCGUUAUGCAGUUCCUUACCGGGAAUCGAAGGUUCGCAGUCGUUAAGACGAGCCUCGAGCAUACGAAGGACAUUCACGGCCGUAAAGAGGAAGAAUAUCUGCUUGCAAGUGAAAUUCACCGUUGAUGGCCUCGUAGAGACACUGCGAAGAACUCGAGUGAAGUUCGUCCACUGCCUUCUGCCGCAACACAAUGCGGGUUGUACCGACAACAAGAGCCUCCUCUCCGUGAAGUCGAAUCAGAGCGAGGACAGCGUCAUUAACGUCCCUCUCCUUCGAUCACAGAUUCGCGGAAGCCAGAUAAUAGAUGCCGUGCGUUUACACAAAGUUGGAUUCCCGAAACACAUGGCACUUGGUGAAUUCAGACGUCGAUUUGGAUUGCUAUCGAGCGACGUGAACGCUCGCCCCGGGAGUCCCGUGACCGACGAGCGUCGCGCCGUCGAAGAUAUGUUACUCACCGUCGACGUAGACCCCGCAUCCUAUCGAGUCGGUCAAAGCCAGAUAUUCUUCAGGUCGGGCACUUUGGAACGGUUGGAAGCUCAGAGGGACGAGAAGCUCACAGGUCACAUUAUUCUACUGCAGGCGAGAUGCAGGGGCUACCUGGCGCGACGCAAGCUCAAUACUCUGAAGCUGCAAGAUCUCGCUGUGAGAUGCAUCCAAAGAAACGUGAGGAAGUUAAUGUCCGUGCGGGAAUGGCCUUGGUGGAGAUUGUACGUGAAAGUCGCGCCCUUGCUGAACGUUCAUCGGACCGAGGAUCAGCUGAAGGCGCGAACGGAAGAGCUCGAGCUGCUCAGGGCGAAAGUGGAACGUUUGGAGCAGGAACGUAACCACUUGAAGCACGACAACGACAAGCUGGAGGCGAAGCUGAGCGAGAUGACCGCAGACUUCGCGGAGGAGCAUUCAACGUCGACGCUAGCGGCGGAGAGGAUCGACGCCGAGACAUCGGAGCGUUUGCGACUCGAGCGGGAAUUACAGGAUGUGACCGAGGCUAACAAGAAUCUCCAGCAGACGACGGAACGGCUGGAAAUGGAGCUGCUGUAUGCGAGGGCUGCCGAUUUGAACGGGGUCGCCUCCGACGGCGAGGAGGGCGAGGAUGGCGGGGUCUACAGGCAACGAUACGAGCACGCUAUCCGCGAGCUCGAAUUCACCAAGAGGAAAAUGGCGCAACAGCACGAAGACGAUCUCGAGCAGCUCGUCGGUCUGAAGAAACAGUUAGAAAAGAAGUUGGCUGAUGCUUACGAAGAGGUGGAGGAGCAACGACAAGUCGUCGGGCAAUGGAAGCGACGGGUGCAGAAGUUGAACGGCGAGAUGCACGAUCUCAGAUUGCUGUUGGAAGAACAGACAGCCAGGAACAAUCUGCUCGAGAAGAAGCAGCGCAAGUUCGACUCGGAGACUCAGAAUCUGAUGAACGACCUCAGACAAGAGAAAGCGCAGCGCGAAAGAUUAGCGAGGGAAAAGGAGAUUGCGAUCGCGGAAAAAUUCACAGUGGAGCAGAACCUGAGCGACGCGCGAUUGGAGAUCGAGCUGAAAGAAGAGAGACUUCGCACGUUGACCCAGGAACUGGAGGAGCUCACCUUCGGCGGCAAAACUGAGGAGGAAGUCGCGCAGCUGAAGAAAGCGAAACACGAAUUGGAAAAGCGCGCGAAGGACCAGGAGGAGGAGUUGGACGAUCUCGCGGGUCAGGUGCAGUUGCUCGAACAGGCGAAGCUCAGAUUGGAAAUGAGUAUCGAGCAACAGCGCAAGGAGAUGCGCAAAGAGAUGCAGCAACGCGACGAAGAGUUGGAGGAUGUUCGCGGGAACGCGCACAAGAAGGUCAAAGCUCUCGAGUCACAGUUGGAGAACGAGCACGAGGAGAGGACGAUUCUCCUCAGGGAAAAACACGAAUUGGAGCGCCGUUUGGUGUCUAUAGAGGAGCAAGACCGAGCUGAUCGCGCGGCGGAGGCGGAAACUAUGCAGAGACUGAAGAGAGACUUGAAGAGAACAAAGGCGUUGCUCAGGGACGCGCAAACGAUGCUCGAGAGGUCCAAGGGCGAUUCAACGGGCAAAGCUGCGUUGCGUCAAUUGAAAAAUCAAUUAGAAGACGCGGAAUGCGCUCGUGCAGCAGCGAUCAAAGCGAAACAGGCGUUGGAGCAAGAAUUAAACGAGACACAAGCGAGUCUCGAGGAAGCCAUGCGACAGCGCUCCGAGGCGGAGGAGCGGGCUAAUGUAGCUAAUCGUGAACGCACGGAACUAUUAUCCCAAUUGGAGGAAAACGAGGAAGAACUUGCCGAGGUCUUGAAGAAGUAUCGAGCGGCGGUGCAACAAGUUUCCGCGGAGCAAGGCCAAUUGCAAGAGGCACAGGUGCAAAUCGCCGCGCUCGAAGCGGAGAAGUCGUCACUGAAAGACCAACUGGCGGAACUAACGCAGCGAUUAGAAUCGGUGGAGCAACUUGGCGAUCCUACGGCGAACAGUCUCGCCACGAGACGCUUGGAGUUCCGUGCUAAGGAACUCGAGAGCAAACUCGAAUUGGAGCAAACUACAAGAGCGCGUCUGGAGACACAAAUAGCACGGUUGAAGGAGAGCGUCGACAAGUUGCAGACCGAGUCGGCCUUGCUCAGAACGAAAGAGCAGACCGCCCAGGACGCGGCGAGACGACUGCAACGAUCAUUGCGCGACACGCGGGACGAAGCUAGCGCGGCGAUUUCACGCGAACAAGAAGCUCUGCGUGCUCGUCGCGACAUAGAGAAAUCCUUAGAGGCCGCGGAAGCCGAAACCAAGGUGGCCAGAGACGAUCUCAGACUGGCGCUGCAAAGGAUCGAUGAUUUGCAGAGCGCUAUUCAGGGAGAACUCGAUUUGGAUUGCAGCGAGGAAGCCACCAGCGAAAAUAGUGACAGUGAUUGAUCCGAGCCCUCAUCGGACUUGGAGUCCGAUCAAAACGAUCAAAACGAUCAAGACGUGACUGAACCAGAAUCGAUGAGGCAGAUCGCAGAUGGACUUCCAUGCAACGAGGCGUCGAACAGAACGUAAAUACUAUAUCGGGCCGUUUAAUGUUUGAGCGAAAGUGACGAACAAGGAUUAUCAGUCCGGAGAGACGAAAGACUGGCGAGAACAAGGGCGGUGUUAGCCCGCUAUCGUUACGGUGGUUAGAAGAUCACAAUAGAUUUUACAUUUUGUGCUAAUUGAACGAUGCUACCUAAAGGAGGCGCGCAGUCUCCUUUUAUCGCUGUAGAGAAUUAAAUCGAUGCGAAGGGGAAUCAAACUGCCUCUAGCGCGGAGGCUAGUCGAACGUAAUCAAACUUACAAUGUAAUGUUCGAACAGCGGGUUAAGCUAAGAGAUCGCUAAGCUAAUCGACCAUGACCCCCCUCCCUCUGCGCGAAGGCGAGCGAUGAUAAACUUUUGUAGGUGCUAACUAUGUAUAAUUCCCAGGAAAUCUCGAUGUCGUGGCGGAUUUGUAUGCCGCACUUGAUCGCGCGUCCGACACUAUUUUGUCUAAUUUUAUCUUUCUUGUGUUUCCUUUUUUUUUUUUUUUUAAUGUAUCGGUGACAACGACGUCGUCCUUCUCCAGUCUUCCAGAGAAAUUCGAGCCAUUUCAUACACGAACACAAAUAUUGAUGGGAACUGUGCGUUGGCUGGUGAACAAAAGUUGGAAUGCGUCCGAUAACGAUGACGAGAUAUAUUUUUAAUAAAAAUAAAUAAAAUUUCUUACUUUUUCCAGCAGAGAAACAUAUAAUAGUUAUAGAGGCGAGAAUGAGUUGCAAAAAGGGUGAAUUGAAAAUGUUAUAUUUGAUGAAUUUUAAAUUUUACAUUUCAACGUCGAAAAACAUUAAUGAGAUACUUCGAUUCACGCGCGAUAUAUCCGUACUUUUGUUCGACAGCUUGAAUAAACGCGCAUAUAUUUUCUCACGAGAAAGUAGAUCCGCGACUGGACAUCUUCUUCUGUAGGAAGGAAUACACACACACCGUGCUUCUUGUCCUUGCAAUUCACUGCCUUCGGCUCAAUUAUGUUUUACGUUCGUAUGAAAGGAAGGAGAGUAAAAGGGAAAAGCACACACAUGACAGGAGAACAAGAAAUGCGUGCCACGACUCGAAUUGGGGGCUUUGGUUUCGUGUAAGGACUCUCGUGUAACUUAUUGCUUUGUAAAAUGCAGAUCUCCUAUUUAAUUA